UGGGCCGCAGUUGUGCGCAGGACCCGAAACAGGAAACACGUCGUAGUUGCGUCGAGCGGAGACAGCAGCGUAAAAUAGUCAUUUGAAUUGGCCACAAGGUGCACAAGGAUUUGCUAGAGAAUAUGAAACUGUCCGGCUUUAGGCAGUCCUUGUCCAGGGUCCAAGGAUUGGGCAAUGGCAUCAAUGGAACUCUGAUUUGCUCAGCACUUCUAGCACUUUUGGUGACCGCCGCCCAGGGAUUGCAGGUUGGUGUCUUUACCACGAAGACACCGCGGGUCAGCAAGUACACAACCAAGUCGCCAGCGGCCUCCUCCAUGAACCACGAUGCCACCGCCUCGCUGUAUCGAUUUAAUGCCACCAAUGGCAUCACCUGCAUCCUGAUGCAGGUGGAUGGGCUCAUAAGCAUCAAGUACCGGAACAAGCUGAACGAGGAUGUGGAGGCCGAUCUGUACAUGCCAGACGAUCCCCAGCUGAGUGGCGAGUGCGUCGAGUCCAACAUGGAGAUUCUCACCAUGGACUUUAAGGGUUUCCGGCUGUCCAUGACAUUUAAAAAGUCGUCCGGCGGCGAGGGUUGGUACAUCAACCUAUUCGAACUGACCUACUCAUCCUCCAACUGGCUGUUCGAGCACCCCGAUCGCCCCAACUUGGAUGUGAAGCUAACUUCACCCGCCCAGACGCCCAUGUACUUUCCCACGCCGGUGGGCAAAUCCUAUGUGUGCGACAAGGAGCAGACUGUGAUCAUGUACGCCCCGCACGAUUCCGGCGACCAGUCGGGGCACAUAGCCAAGUUAUAUCUGCGCGACAUGCAUAUGCAGAGCUUCAUGUUCAAGGACAGCGGCAAGUGGGGCCCGUCCUUCCACUGCAGUGCCACAGGAUCCUAUCGCGAUGAGACGGCGCCUUUGGCCGUGGGUACUGCCCUCGCCAUUGCCGUACUGCUGACCAUUUCCGGAUACGGUGGUUGGAGGUACUUCAAAAUCAAGAAGGUCCAGUACGGUUCCAUGGAGUGAGCAGAGAAGACCCAAGUAUCAAGUGAAGCGUUCGUUUUCGUUCAACUAUUUGAUCAUAUCGUUGUCUACACAUAUCCCCCACGUUUGUUGGAUCUAUUGCAAUCCUGUAGUCCUAUUUUAAAACUUUAAGAGUCAAAAUUAAGCGUUGUCCCCCGGCAAAUAAUGAGAUUAACAUUUACGAGAGAUUAUCGAAAUCAACUAAAGAUACAUAUAUGAGAAAUGCAAAUGUCUUCCAUAUUGUUAAUGUAUAAAAUAAUAGCACACCAUAUAUGAUUAUUAAAUGUUAAUAUAUAUCAUUAUUAACCAGGAACUAUUAUUUACCAGGCAAACUAAUAUUAGCGAGAGACCAAAGUUGGCAUCGUGGACGUCAUAUCAAAACUUAUACAGAUGUUUCAGCAUUUUUAACGAAACAUCUAUACUGAAUACUCGCUUUUUUUAUGACACAUUGUUAAACUAAAUCUCCUGCACCUCCUAUUAAACAUUCAUUAUCUCUUAAUCCAUUCAAAACUUUGCCAAUUGCAAUACUGAAAGAUGUGCGUGUGGGGAAGCAUAUAGGAACUUUAAAUGCUUUUGUUUAAAAUAAGUAUUAAUGAGUUUAAUUAAAGUGGAAAUAAAUACUGAUGCCUGCUGAAAA